GCAUAUGCAAUCGAAGCACACGGCCGAACUCUCACUCGAACACUCCCUCCACAAACUGCACAUAUAAUGGUUCAGCAAUUCCUCCGACCACUUAUUCUGCGCUGAGAAGUGUACGACGUGCAUUGUGGUACAUGAAAAUGACCCGAACCAAGGCGACUGCUCGUUUCUCGAACUUCGGUAAUGCGACAGCCGAAAGACCAGCCUACAGGGCCGCACGAAAAAGUGCUCCGGCCGACGCAAGAUCAUUUUGGGCGCAUAUUUGAUUGAUUUUUUAUGUUUCUCCAGCGGCAAAUUUCAAAUCCCGGAUUACGGGCUCUCCGUCGCCGGAGACUUCUGCAAAGAAGUCCCCAAGCCCAGUGCCAGUUCCAGUCCCAGGAACACAUCCCCCAACCCGGGACAUGGUAGACGCCUCGAUUAAGAGCUUGAAUGAACGUGGUGGCUUUUCAUAUUUGGCGAUCAAGAAGUAUAUUGCGGCCGAAUACAAAUGCGAUGCCCAGAAGCUGACUCCAUUCAUCAAGAAGUAUUUGAAGUCGGCCGUUGCCGAUGGAAAGCUGAUCCAAACAUCGGGCACAGGUGCGUCUGGCUCGUUCAAGCUGUCAGCAUCUGUGGAGCGGACGGAUAAAGAAGCCAAGAAAGAGAGAAAAGCCAAGAACACAGCAAGCCCCAAAAGGGCGGCCAGAGCCGCGACAAGAAGCCAAAUGCGAAAUGAAGCGAAAAUGUUAGACGCCGCCAAGAAGACCGCCCGGCGCGGAUGAUGCGAAUUGAGAAAGGACAAAGGGCAAGGAGGAAGGAGGAAGGAGGAAGGAGGAAGACUGAUGAUGAAAACUGGAACCCUGAAGGCGAAGCCGUCAGUGGCAAAAGUCAAGUCGAGCCCUGCAAAGACAACGGCCCUAGCAAGGGCACUAGCUCUAAACGACGACGAUGGCCUAAACGAGAACGAGGACGUGGAUGUGCACGAUAGAUGGCCGGAUACGAAAUAUUAGGUAGACUUAGACAAACUAUAUCGGAAGAGACCCAAAUUAUCGUUAUACAUAUAUGUACUAUGUGUUUAAUAUAAGGGAGAACAAAAAUAUAGAAAACAUUUUUUCGGUGAA